UUCGUGAGAAUCGCGAGAGUGCGGAGUACUGUGUCACGCUAUGUACUGCGUGCUCGCGUGCGUUCGCAAUCAGUGACAUUUAUGCGGGGGUGUAUCGUUGGGGGAAACACAAUUGGAUUUUAUUUUUUUGAAAGGACCGAAUGCCGACUCGUGCAAAUUAUAUAUCAAUGGAACUGCCGUCUUGAUAAAGAAAAUCGCUCCGAUGGACCCGGCGUCCGCCUCGGGUUCACACCCGUAAUCACCGGUAAUUUGUAAGCGUGAUUCAAGGAACAUGGCAACCACCAGGAAUCACCCGAGCAGUCGAUACUCGAGUUGUUUACGCAAGUAUCGGCUGAUCUUCGCCUUCGGCAUAACCGUACUUUGCGUACAACUGUAUCUGCACACGUUCUUCAGUCCGGACAAUGCCAGAAGCAGAUCCAACCGGUUGUCAUCCGGAGAGGGUGGUUCUUCGCAAUUUGAGGAGGAUGAGGGUUUGCCAAGAGGUUUACGUCAGGUUAAACUUCCGCCGGACAAACAGGGAAAUCCGAACAAACAAUUGUCUCAACCGCCGAAAAAUCGCACCGCUAGAAUUAAACUAGAUCACAAAUCAUUAAGUUUCACACCUGGGUGCGAAGUCACGGUCAGAGAAGCAGUGAGCGCCGUAACGCGCGCCCAGAGUCAAACGUGCAAGCAACGCAUUGUCAAUGUGACGUGCCUUAGUCAGCAGGGUUUAUUGUACCCGGAAAAAAUACAGUCUCUAUGUCCGCAUUCUCCAGGUUUUACAGGCGUGCCGGCUAACUUGGGAUGUUUCAAAGAUGAUAAGACCUUGCGAGUUCUUUCCGGUUAUUAUCACAUCUUCAAAGUUAGCAACACCCCCGAGCGUUGCGCUUACAUGUGUCUUCAAUCAGGAUUCCCAUACGCUGGUACAGAAUAUUCGAUGGAAUGUUUUUGCGGCAUGGAAAAACCAACGCAAACGAAACGUUUGCCAGAUUCUAGCUGCAAUAUGAAAUGCUCCGGCAAUCCAAAGCAAACGUGCGGCGGAUAUUUGAGUAUCAAUGUGUAUUGGACCGGGAUUCAAAGAUUUAAGCCUCAAGAGGCAAAGAACUCAAGUUUGAAGAACGAACAACCCGAGCAACCCGUGAGAAUAGCCUAUCUCCUAACGGUGAACGGCAGAGCGAGUCGACAGGUGAAGCGACUUGUCAGCAGUCUGUAUCAUCCCUCGCACUUAUUUUACAUUCACGUUGAUGCGAGGCAAGAUUAUUUAUAUCGCGAAAUGUUGGAACUGGAGAGAUCGUGCGCUUCGAACAACAUCAAAGUGGCAAGAGGGGAGGGAUUGCGACACGCGAGCAUUUGGGGCGGCGCGAGUCUCUUGACGACGCUCUUGAGAUCCGCGCAACAAAUGCUCGCUUAUCGUCAGCACUGGGAUUUUCUUGUUAAUCUGUCGGAGUCCGAUUUUCCCUUGAAAACUAACGAUCAACUGACCGAAUUUCUGAGCUACAACAAGGGUAUGAAUUUUGUGAAGACACACGGAAGAGAAGUUCAGCGUUUUAUAGCAAAACAGGGCCUGGACAAGACUUUUGUUGAAUGCGAGGCGCGUAUGUGGCGAGUCGGCGAUCGAAGAUUACCGGAUGGUAUUCAAAUUGACGGUGGCAGUGACUGGUUUGCUUUAAGCCGGGAAUUCGUUGAAUACGUCGCCAAUCCGAAUCCUGAUCUGCUGAUAAAUGAAUUGCUAAAAGUAUUCAAAUACACAUUACUGCCUGCGGAAUCAUUUUUCCACACUGUUUUGAGAAAUUCACGAUUUUGCAACACUUAUAUAGAUAAUAAUUUGCACAUAACAAAUUGGAAGAGAAAGCUUGGUUGCAAGUGCCAGUACAAAGCCGUGGUCGAUUGGUGCGGUUGUAGCCCGAACGACUUCAAGCUCGAGGACUUCAAUCGGUUGAGAAACACGGCCGAUCGUAGUGUGUUCUUUGCUCGCAAAUUCGAGCCCGUUGUCGAUCACAAGAUCGUCGAUCUUGUGGAGGAAUGGCUGUAUCCCGACAGAACGAAUAGAUCCGUUAAGAUGAAAAGCUACGACGUGUACUGGCAAAGUCUGUAUCAGUACGCGGAUUUGAGUCCGCUGCCGGAUGACGCACUGCUGACGCUUUCGUAUUCUUUGACAAGAUUGAUUUAUCGCAAAUUGAAGCUUGACCACAACAAUGUCCGCUUGUUAGAAAAUACCGCGUAUUUUCGCGACAAUCGACUAGCGGGCAUAUUGAUUCUCGCGGAAAAUAAAGACGGUUCCGACGCGCUGUCUUCCGACGGGAGACGCGUUGAAGCAUUGAUCACCAUGCGAUACAACUUCACCGUUACCGGAUCGUCGUCCGGGAAGAUACGAAGUCUGUCCGUUAGCACGGAUUAUGAUCAAAAGGAGCAGAUGUUUAGAAACUUGAUGAGCAGCAUGGGACCGUACUCGAGUCCGGUCUUGGCUUAUGAGUUCGACGCGGGUUACGCGGUGCCGCAAAACAUAUCGGUUUUGUGGAUCGAUCCGUACGGUCGUCUCGCCGACGUGAAUCAUAUAAUACUCGAAGAAACGGUUCUGACAGGACACGUUAAACCUCAGUUGAACGAGCAGUUGACCGUCGGUACCUGGCGAGUCUUGUUGGUUGCUGACGCUCAACUGAUGGCAAAAUUACAGUUUUUGAUAACUCCGUUGUCCCAUUGGAAGACGAAGAAGAUCGAUUCGAAGAAGGCCAAGGAGAUAAUGGAUGGUCCAAGUGGCGUUUAUCACGUUACGGAAGAGAUGAACAAAAGUUGGUCGAGAUUGGUCAAGUCCGCGAUGAUGAGCGAGCAGAUUGCAUAUAAUCAAAAUAAAAUUGACGAAGAUCUCAACGACUGGAUAGAUAGAUUGGUAAAUGAACACUACGAGAUUGCGGAAAUGUGCGACGCCAGCGACGGGAUUCGAAAUGCGGAAGUUGAAUUAAAAAAGUGUGCGAAUACCCAUUGGAGCUCUCUGAGCCCCGAUUCAAAGGCUGAUAUACGUAACUUAUGUCAAAACACUAACGAUUAAUUCUUUUAACCAACCAUGUGCCAUUUUUUCGCCAUUUUAAAACUUUUAUAUAUAUAAAAAAAAAAACUAUAUAUAUAAUAUACAUGUAUGUGUAUACUAAAAUUAC